AUGUUAGAAGGCCUGGUUGCCAACCUUCUCAAUCGCUUUCUAGGGAUCUACGUCAAGAACUUCGAUGCGAAACAGCUCAACAUCGGAAUCUGGUCCGGCGAUGUCAAACUGCGCAACCUCGAGUUGCGUCGGGAGGCACUCGACCAGCUCCAUCUGCCCUUGAACGUUGUCGGGGGUCAUCUGGGUGAGCUCACAUUAUCGAUCCCAUGGUCCAAUUUGAGAGGGAAACCCGUGAAGGUCGAUAUCGAAGAUGUCUUCUUGCUCGCAGCCCCGAAGGAAGAUGCGGAUUAUGACGCGGAGGAAGAAGAAAAGAGAGAGCACGCGUUGAAGAUGGACAAGAUUGAGAGCGCCGAGAUCCUGCGCGAACGAAAUGCUGAAGGCAUGAGCCAGGAAGAGCAGCGGCGGAACCAGAGCUUUACUCAGAGCAUGGUCACUGCGGUGGUGGAUAACCUGCAGAUCUCGAUCAAGAACGUGCAUUUCCGCUACGAAGACUCAAUCGCUUCUCCUGGUCAUCCGUUCGCCGUCGGUCUGACGUUGAAAGAGCUCAGCGCGGUCAGCACCGACUCGGAGUGGAACCCAACCUUCAUUCAAUCCACCUCGGGCACGACGCACAAAUUGGCCGUCCUUGGUGCUCUAUCCGUAUACUGGAACACCGAUGCGACUCUUCUGGGAACUGGAAGAGGGUCUGAUAUUGGUGCCGAGGCACAAGGAAUCAGCCAUGACGACCUCAUGGAAAAGCUUCGAACAUCCAUCGACAGCGACGAAGGAAAUCAGUUCAUGCUUCGUCCCGUCAGUGGGCGUGCAGGGUUGGAGCUCGAUAAAUCGGGCAAAUAUGAUCGCCCCGCCGUCAAAGCACGCUUGUUGUUUGAUGAACUCGGCUUCGUUUUGGAUGACAACCAAUACCGGGAUGCCUUGAUGCUGGUGGACCUGUUCCACUAUUUCAUCCGUCACCAAGAGUACAAACGCUUCCAACCCAAAGUCACACCCAAGCAAGACCCCCGUGCUUGGAUGCGAUUUGCCGGAGAGGCCGUCCUCAGCAAAAUCCACGAUCGCAACAGACGAUGGACGUGGGACUACAUUAAGGAGCGCAGGGAUGACCGUAUAGCAUACAUCAACUUUUUCAAGAAGCAGAAACGAGAAGAAGCCUUUACGCCGGAUGAGAAAAAGGAGCUGGAACGGCUGGAAUGGAAACUCAGCUACGAGGAUAUCCGGUUCUGGCGAUCACUGGCACGAAAUCAGCUCCGGAAAGAGAAUGUCGGUAUUCAAAAGCCUGCGCGCCAACAAACCUGGUCGGAAUGGAUCUGGGGCGCACCCAAGGAGGAGGAGUCUGAAGAAACAGCCAUGACCGAAGAGCAGCGACAGGAGCUCUAUAACGCCAUUGACUGGGAUGAAAAGAAGGCGCUUUCUGAGAGCGUUGACGUUCCCCGCGAAUGGGUCAAGCUUCAAGUCAAUUGGAGUCUUCGUGCGGGUAGCUUUACCUUGAAAAAGGAUCCACACGGAGCAGCAAACGAAGUGAUGAAGCUGGUUUUCGACAAUUUCCGAGCCAAAGCUCUUCAGCGUCCAGACUCCUACCUUCUUGAUCUAGACCUCGGAGGCUUGAAGAUGUACGACGGCACGACCGCGGGGAGCCUUUACCCUCAGAUUGUCAAGGUCAAGGAUUCGCUCCCCGAGUCAGCAAAAGGCCAAACAGACGACGACGACCUGGCUUCUCAGACCAGUGCAGAUGUUAUCGAAGAUGAAGAUAGCCUCUUCCAUUUACAGCUGGAGAAGAACCCGCUGGAAAGCGAUGCCGAUUCGGCUGUCAAAGUCAAGCUGAAGAGUAUCGAGGUUAUAUACAACCCGCGAUUCCUUGUGGGGAUAGUCAAGUUCUUCGAACCACCAGAGCGGCACAUGGAGUCGAUCGGGGCCCUUUUGGACACCGCAGGAGCCACAGUCGAGGGACUGCGGCAGCAAACCCGAGCAGGCUUGGAGUUUGCUUUGCAGGAGCACAAGAAGGUUGACGCGCAGUUUGAUGUCCACGCGCCCUUGAUCAUUGUGCCAGAGAGUAUCACCCAAGAAAGCUCACUCUGCUUAAUUCUGGAUGCGGGUCACGCCAGUGUUAACAGCGAGCUGGUCGAUCGUCAGGCGAUGCGGGAUCUCCAGUCCAAACAAAAGCGGCAAUAUGAAGAAGAGGACUACAAGCAGCUCGAGCAUCUACUUUAUGAUCGAUUCUUGAUCAAGCUCGAUUCCACGCAGCUUUUGAUCGGACCUGGCGUUGAGGCGACGAAAGCACAACUCACCUCUACUGUCGAAUCCAAGAACUUCCAUAUCAUUGAUCGCAUCAACGUGGAUUUUGUUCUGGAGAUGUGCAUUGUUCCGAAAGUGACGCAACUUACCCGGACACGCAUAUCGGGACACCUGCCGGAACUCCAUGCUUCCAUGUCUGACACCAAGUACAAAGGCCUCAUGAAGCUGAUCGAUAUUGCAAUUCCUCAGUUUGACGAUGGCAAACAGUCAUCUGACCCAGCAACGGCUGCGGCUGCGGCCAAGGAAGAAGAAGCGGCAAUCGCCACAAGGGCCAGAUCAGCAUCUUUUCAACCUGCAGUUCGACGGGAUUUACCUGUUGUGGACGAUGAUUUGGAAGCCGAAGCGGACAAUGACCAGAACCAGAAAAGUCUGGAUACUCCGGCGAACAUUCACCGACGCGACUUUGAGUUCAAAUUUACCGUUGGCUGUCUACGUGGUUCUCUUUUCCGCUCCGACUCUAAUGAUCCGCAACGGGAUCAUUUAUUGGUUGAGCUGGUUGCUGAAGGCUUUGAGCUGGACUACUACAUGCGCCCUUAUGACAUGGUUGCCGAGGUAAUUCUCAAGUCUUUGAGUGUGGACGACUACAUCGAGGAGAACCCAGUUCCAGAAUUUAAGAGAAUUAUUUCGUCAAAGGGGUUCAACGCCGACGAAGACAAAGAUCUCUUCCACCUGAAGAUGGUUCGGGUGAAGCCUGAGUCUCCUGAAUUCGAAUCAACAUACGAAGGCGUGGGCAUGAAUCUUGACAUAUCGGUGUCGACAAUUAAUCUCGUCGUGACAAGAAAGACUCUUCUUACGCUUUUGGACUUCAUCCUUCAUACCUUUACAAGCCCUCAACAACCGGCUGAUGAAAGCGCGCACCCAGACAAGGCCAUACAAGGCCCAGCCAACGUGGCGCAGGAGCCCCAACAAGCCGGGAAGCUUCGGAUCAAGUCGAACUUGAAGAGUAUUGCUUUGGUUCUGAACAAUGAUGGUGUUCGCCUGGCGACUUUGAGUCUUAAUACCGCUGAUGUUGGAAUCUUCCUUGUGGGCCGCUCUAUGGUCAUCCAGUCCCGGAUAGGCAGCUUGACCCUGGUUGACGAUGUCAACCUAGGGGCUCCAGAAGAGUCUGAUGUCCGGCGUCUGCUGACCAUCGAGGGAGACAACUUUGCGGAUUUCAAGUAUGAGACCUUUGAUCCAGACAGCGACACGUACCCCGGAUAUGACUCCGAGGUCUACUUGCGAUCUGGUUCCAUCAAGAUUAACUUCCUCGAGGAGCCCUACCGGAAAAUCAUCAACUUCCUUGUCAAGUUUGGCAAGAUGCAAGCCAUAUUCAAUGCCGCUCGCCAGGCCGCAGCGAACCAGGCCAACCAGCUGCAGGAGAAUGCCUCGCGGAUGCGGUUCGACAUUGUGGUUAAGACUCCUAUCUUGGUGUUCCCACGAGUGAUGGCAGAUGAUAGACCCCGCGACACAAUCACUGCUCACCUGGGUGAGAUCUAUGCAAAGAAUGACUUUGUGCCUAUGGACGAUGCUAGGGAUAGCCCCGCCGUGAAUGUUAUCUCUACUGGUGUACGCAAUAUCCGCCUCACCUCAAAGUUCCAUUUCGAAGACGGCGGGGCCGAAGAACUGGAAAUGAUCCAGAAGGUGAACCUGGACUUCAGCAUAUGCUAUUCGGAGCACCAGCCGAACAACCCACGCUCGGAUAUGGAAGUCGAAGGCUCUUUAUCUCCUAUCAACCUUCGGAUUUCGCAAAGUCAACUCAAGUUCUUGCUGGCACUGUCCAAAUCGAUACCGGGUGCUUUUGCAACCGAUGCCGAACAGCAACAGCUCGAGGCUAUGGAGUCUUUGCCCUCAUCUGUGACCGAGCCUACAAGGGAAGCCACUUCCAAGGCCGUCCAGGCACAAGGAGCACCCGCCGAUGCCAGCAAAACCCAGGAAACAUGGGUGCGGCUGGAUAUGAUCUUCAAGGUUGAUAGCGUUGGACUCGAGCUUAUCCUGGCAAAUGACAACCAACCGGUUGGUCGCUUGGAGGACUCUAGCUUAUCCAAGUUCUCUCUCAAUGACACCAGAGUCAAGCUCCGCAUGCUGACAGAUGGGUCGCUGGAGUCGGAGCUCCUCAUCCAUUCGUUCUCAAUUCGAGAUAGCCGCAAACAGGACACGAACAAGUUUAGAAACAUAAUGUCCUUGAUCAACAAUGACGUGAAGCAGCAGUUCUUGGCUAGCGUCUCCAUGUCUCCAGGGCCUGACAAGCAUCUGAUCGCGAUGUUGACCAUCGAUAGUCCUCGCAUUAUGUUCGCUCUGGAUUAUCUGUCCGCUCUUCAGUCAUUCAGUCAAUCUGCAUUUGCUACCGACGAACCGACUGAAGCCGUGGAGGAAGACUCUGAAACACCCGAGGAGUCAGAAGUAGGAUCUGUUGCAGCUGCCAACAGUGAUCAAACCACGACUGAGGCAUCGGGUGGAGAUGCUGCCGGUGGAACGACGACUGUGUCUUUCCGGGUGAACCUGGUUGACGCCCAAGUUAUCAUGGUGGCUAACCCAGCAAUCCCCCACUCUGAGGCCAUCGUUCUUGGGACCAAAGAAAUACUCAUUUCCCACCAGAAUGUCUCAACCUUGCAGAUCGAAAAGGUCGGCAUGUUUUUGUGCCGCAUGGACAAGUUUGAGACCAGCCGGCUCCGAAUUCUGGAUGAUUUCACCGUGGAAAUAACCGUGGAUAGCCGACCGCAAGAAAAGGGAUCUGCGUUGACUUCGAUCGGGGUGCACGUCGAGCCACUGGUUCUUCGAUUGUCGCUGCGAGACAUCUUGAUGGCAAUCCAAAUUGUCAACAAGGCCUCCGAGAUGAGGGCUCGAAAUACUCAGCAGAUCGAGGGCGGAGAAGCAAAAAAACUUCCGGAUGGUAAAGGCACGAGAGGACGAUCUGCCAGCAAAACGUCUGCGACUAUGGCUACUAGAACCCGGCGGCGCGUCAGCCAAACAGUCGAGACCAUCGACAAGAAAAUUGCUCCGCAGAGCUCGGCUGUUCUCAAGCGCGAGGAGUUGUCCGCCAAGGUCGACGGUGUUAGAGUCAUUCUCAUCGGUGACUUGCAUGACCUGCCUCUCCUGGAUUGGAGUGUCAAAAAGUUCAACGUGGAUGUGCGGGACUGGUCAUCAACACUCAACGCUGACACGAACUUCGAGACAUUCCUUAAUGUGUACAACUUCUCCAAGUCGUCCUGGGAGCCAUUCAUUGAGCCAUGGCAACUGGGCUUCCACAUGGCCAAGGAAGUUAACCCAGAUGUUCUCUCGAUUGAUGCCUACUCGCACAAAACCAUGGAGCUCACGGUGACAUCAGCCACAAUUGCACUUGCGUCCAAGUCCUUCCAGUUCCUCUCCACCGAUGAAGACGUUCUCUCCAAGCCAAGAGGCGCAGAUGCCCCUUACAGAAUUCGCAACUACACUGGCUUUGACCUUCGGGUAUGGGCUGAUGUCAGUGCUGGAGAGGAUGGACCGGCAGCGAAAUUGAGCGAUGGAGAGGAAUCCCCAUGGCGAUUUGAGGAUUCAACGGCUGUCCGAGAGACUCUUAAUCCAGAAGGCCAUGCCGGUGUGGUAGGGGUCAAGCUGGAAGGAAGUGGGUUUGACAGUAUCAGCCGAAUCCCUGUUGUGAGAGAGGGCGAGGUUGUUUACAGUCUCAAACCCAAACAAGAGCAUGUCCUUCACCGGCUGCUCGUCGAGGUCAAGCUGGGCGCCGACAACGUCAAGUAUAUCACCUUCCGCUCGCCGCUCCUGGUCGAAAACAAUACGCAGAUCCCGGUGGAACUUGGGGUCUUCAGCCCCGGUGAUGGGCACCUCUUGAAGAUUGAGAAGGUUCUACCUGGUGAUGCCCGACCAGCGCCAGUUGGAUCGGCGUACCUUCAUUCUGUGGUCGUUCGUCCUGACCAGGGCUUUGGUUAUGACUGGUCGAACGAGCAACUGUUUUGGAAGGAUCUUAUGCGGCGACCCACCCGAACGGUCAAGUGUGUCAGUGAAAAUGGGCAGCAGUCACCGCCCUUCUAUUUCCAGGUGAACGCGACCUACGAUAACAAGGACUCGCUUACAAGCAUUUACCCCUACAUGAGGAUCAGGAUCUUUGCUCCUGUGGAGAUUCAAAACUUGCUGCCCUACGACUUCAAGUAUCGCAUAUAUGACAAGAAUACGAAGAAGGACUGGACAAACUUCUUGCGAAAGGGGGUCAUUGACCUGGAAGAUACAGUCUUCCGGCAGAGCGAAUUCGCCAUCGUCAACGGGAAUGCUCAGGACUAUCGCAGAGAGCACACCCUGUCCCUGAAAGAUGAGCGGGGUCUUCAGCUGAAGUUGAAACUCCAUUACUUCAACAUUCCCGACAGUGGCGGUGCUUUCAAGGUCUCUGUUUACAGUCCAUACCUGGUCUUGAACAAGACAGGGCUUCCCAUGGAUAUCCAAAGCAAGGCUUUUCUGCAGUCUGCGCGAAAUGCCGCGGGACAGGGCCUUAGAGCGGACCCGAGAGAUGGUGGCCACGCACUCCCCUACAUGUAUUCAUACGCCACCGAAGACCAACGGAACCGGUCUAUCUUGAAGGUCGGUGAUUCUGCGUGGAGCAAGCCGCAAAGUUUCGAGGCCAUCGGUAGCACCUUUGAGGUCGUCUUCCCCGACCGACAAGGCAGAUCCGAGUUCCAUUCCGGUGUGUCUGUUGUCGAAGGCGAGGGCAAAUAUAAGUUGACCAAGGUGGUCACCAUCGCGCCACGGUUCAUUCUGAAGAGCAAGCUCAGUGAAGAUCUUCUGGUGCGCGAGCCAGGCUCGUCCAAUGUUCUGCAGAUCAAGAGCGGAGAGUUGGUCCCACUUCACUUUCUCCGGCAAGUGGCCGAGAAACAACUCUGUCUGUGCUUCCCAGGCGUCAACAACCAAUGGUCAUCUCCCUUUAACAUUGCCGAUGUUGGAACUGUCCAUGUCAAGCUGGCUAAGGCGAACCAGCGCCAGAAGCUGAUCAAGGCGGAUGUCGUCAUGGAGGGUGCGACGCUGUUCUUGCACUUCAGUUUCGAAACCCGGAACUGGCCUUUCUCGAUGCGCAACGAGAGCGAUAUGGAGUUCAUCUUCUACCAAGCCAAUCCGAAUGUGGAAGAUGACGAGGACGACCAGACCAGUGGCUGGCGUCCUAUUCGGUAUCGCUUGCCGCCACGGAGCAUCAUGCCUUAUGCAUGGGACUAUCCGGCGACCAAAAACAAGUCUCUUGUGUUGACUUGCCAAGGAAAGGAACGGCAUAUCAAGCUUGCUGAGAUAGGCAAUUUGAUUCCGAUGCGCAUCCCGCCCACGCAGCCUGGUGGAUAUCAGAAGAUCAUCGAUAUCAAUAUUGUUGCCGAUGGUCCCACCCAAUCGCUUGUGCUGUCGAACUUCAAGCCGUCAAAGAGCAUGUACAAACAGCGGAAUGGGCAAUCAUCGCAGACCAGCACGAACACUGGCUUCGAGGUCAAGGAAAUGAGUUCUGAUGUGAACUUCAAGGCCCAGCUUCGCCUAGGAGGCAUUGGGAUUUCUUUGAUCAACCAGAACCUGAAGGAACUGCUAUAUCUCACAUUUCGUGAGAUUGAGAUCAAGUACAGGGAGUCGAGGCUGUACCAGACCCUUAAUACUACGAUCAAGUGGAUCCAGAUCGACAACCAGCUGUAUGGUGGUAUUUUCCCCAUCUUGCUGUAUCCCAGUGUGGUUCCAAAGACCGGCAAGGAAAUGGAAGCCCACCCGAUUUUCCACGUGAUGGUUACUAGGGUCAAGGAUGACUCGUACGGUGUUCUCUACAUCAAGUAUGCGACAUUGCUCCUGCAACAGAUGACGCUCGAGCUGGACGAGGACUUUGUCCUCGCUAUGCUGGACUUCGUCAAGAUCCCGGGCGCGUCGUGGACCGAGGCCCAGGAGGGCAAGCUAUGCGAUGAGGACCUCAACAUUCCGGAGCCGCAACAGGCAGAGGCUGGGCAGGAUGUGUACUUUGAGCUUCUUCAUCUGCAGCCCAUGCAACUGGACAUUUCCUUCAUGCGGACUGAGCGUGUCAAUGUGGAAGACGCGAUGCAGCCGUCCAACCCGCUCAUGUUCUUUGUCAAUGCCAUGACCAUGUCGAUGGGUAACGUCAACGACGCACCUGUUCGACUCAAUGCUCUGAUGCUGGAGAACGCCCGCGUUUCCUUCGGACGGUUAGUGAGCAACGUCCGCGCGCACUACACCCAGGAAUUCUUGCGCCAGGUUCAUAUCAUUCUUGGAUCGGCCGACUUCCUUGGAAACCCAGUCGGUCUUUUCAACAACGUCAGCUCCGGUGUUGCCGCUAUUUUCUACGAGCCAUAUCAGGGUCUGGUGAUGACGGACCGACCCCAAGAGCUGGGCUACGGCAUUGCAAAGGGAGCCACCAGCUUUGUCAAAAAAUCCGUCUUUGGAUUCUCGGACAGUAUGGCUAAGUUCACCGGAAGUAUGUCCAAGGGUCUCACCGCUGCAACCCUCGACAAGGAGUUCCAGAACCAGCGUCGUAUGUCCAAGGCUCGCAACCGCCCUAAGCAUGCGUUGUAUGGUAUCACGGCCGGUGGCAAUGCAUUCGCGAACAGCUUGGCCAGUGGCAUUGGCGGACUGGCACGCCAUCCGCUGCAAGGUGCCGAGAAGGAAGGCCUCCAAGGGUUCUUCAAGGGCGUCGGAAAAGGUGUUUUAGGACUAGCUACCAAGCCCGCCAUUGGCGCGUUUGAUCUUGCUUCCAAUCUCGCGGAAGGCGUUCGCAACACCACCACAGUCUUCGAUGCUGAAGGUCUCGACCGUGUACGACUCACUCGUUUCAUCGGGACCGACGGGAUUGUUCGCCCGUACUCGCAGCGGGAAGCGCUUGGCCAGUUCUGGCUCAAGACCACGGAAGAUGGCAAGUACUUCAACGAAGACUACAUUGCGCAUCUGGAACUCCCUGGUCGGGACAUGCUGGUCAUGUUGACCUACGCGCGGAUCAUGCUUGUGCGGACUAAGAAGCUCGCCACCGAAUGGGACAUUCGUCUCACCGAUAUCCAAACCAUCUCCAAGGAGCGCACGGGCAUGAGCAUCACGCUCAAGGGCGGUGCCAAUGGGCCUUUCAUCCCAGUUCAGGAUGAGAGUGCGCGCAACUGGUUGUACAGGCAAAUUGCCGUUGCGGUCAACGCUUUCAAUGAGAAGUAUAAUGGAAGGGGAUAG